AUGAAGCCCUACUUUGGCCUUCGAGGCGCAAGCCUGAAUAUCAUGAUCAGUGUUAUCGCUGGUCUUGAUUUCUUGCUAUUCGGAUAUGACCAAGGUGUCAUGGGAGGCUUAUUGACCUUGAACUCAUUCGUCACGGUCUUUCCUGAAAUUGAUACCACUAAGUCAAGUUCCUCCACGAGUACCAACUCCACGACCCAGGGAAUCACCACUGCGUCCUAUAAUCUGGGUUGUUUCUUUGGAGCAAUCUUUUGUAUCUGGAUUGGCAACUAUCUCGGUCGCCGUAGGACCAUCUUCACCGGCUCAAUCAUCAUGAUCAUCGGUGCUACUCUACAAGCCUGCGCUUACUCACUGCCUCAUCUUAUUGUCGGUCGUAUCAUUACCGGUAUCGGCAAUGGCAUGAAUACGUCUACUGUUCCUACAUGGCAGUCUGAGUGCUCCAAGUCCCACCACCGCGGACAACUAGUCAUGCUGGAAGGCUCUUUGAUUGCCGCCGGAAUCACAAUCAGCUACUGGAUUGAUCUUGGUUUCUCAUUCCUCGAUCCCAGCACCGUUGCGUGGCGAUUCCCAAUCGCUUUCCAGAAUGCCUUCGCUCUGGUCAUCUUGAUCUUCGUCCUGCCACUACCCGAAUCCCCUCGCUGGUUGAUUCUCAAGGGUCGCGAAGAAGAAGCCAUGGAAGUCCUCGCAGCGAUUUUGGAUCUGGACGAAAACGAUACUUACGUUCACUCAGAAUUCGCUGCCAUCAAAGAUGCAGUGCUGGAGGCCUCGACUGUCAGCUUCCGUGAUCUGUUCACUAUGGAUGAGAAUCGCCACUUCCACCGCGUCGUUCUCGCAUACGUCAAUCAGAUGUUCCAGCAGAUUUCCGGUAUUAACUUGAUCACGUAUUACGCUGCCACUAUCUACGAGAGUAUCGGCAUGGAUGGAUUGACGUCGCGAAUUUUGGCUGCCUGCAACGGCACCGAGUACUUUCUGGCUUCUUUGGUCCCGAUCUUCAUCAUUGAGAAGGUUGGCCGUCGGGUUCUGAUGCUGAUUGGUGCGGCUGGUAUGUCGAUUUCGAUGGCUGUUUUGGCUAUUGCCACUAGCUUCGAAGGUAACAGCAAAGCCGGUAUCACCGCUGCCGUAUUUUUGUUUGUCUUCAAUACAUUCUUCGCCCUUGGCUGGUUGGGAAUGACUUGGUUAUAUCCUGCCGAGAUUGUUCCUUUGCGAAUUCGCGCACCCGCCAAUGCACUCGCAACCUCGGGUAAUUGGAUCUUCAACUUCAUGGUUGUCAUGAUCACCCCGGUGGCAUUCGACAGCAUCAAAUACAGGACCUACAUCAUCUUCGCAGUCAUCAACGCUUUCAUCUUCCCCGUCAUCUACUUCUUCUACCCCGAAACGGCCUAUCGAUCCCUAGAAGAAAUGGACACCAUCUUCCACAAGACUUCCAGCAUCUUCAACCUCGUCUCCGUCGCCCGUGUCGAGCCUCACCGUUAUGGCAAGAAGGGUGAACUUUUGAUCAACUAUGAAGAUACCGAGGAGCAUCUGCGCCGUGCCAGCUACGUUUCCGAAAAGUCGAAGAGCAAGAUGGUCGGAGAAAUAGGUGAUUUGGAGACUGGAAAGGGUACUCAUGUUGAGCACCGCAAGGACAGUUCGUCCGAUAGCAACUAA